AUGGGUCCUCUCAACGUCGACAACUCCCAUCCUCACCAUCUGGCCAACCUCCUCUCCAACUCCCUUGUCCUUCGACAGACGGCUCCUUAUCUGCCCGUGGCUUCGAUAUGCGCCCUAGCUGCAACUUGCAAAGCGCUCCACCAUGUAGUGUAUCAAAGUCCCGAUGUCUUCCGCUACCUCGACUUGUCCACGGUCAAGUCGGCCAUUGUUCCAUAUGCGCCGCUCGACUCCGGAGGCAUCAGCUGGCGCUCCGAACGCAUGGAUGAGUCGCUGACCGAGGACGAAUUCUACUCUGGUCCGAUUCGCGGCAUAUUUUCCAAGCUGCAGCGGCGCCAUGUUCUACGCAAUGUGCAGACACUGGUGCUAGACGGUUUGAGCGUCCCUGCAGACCUCGUCCGGGAGAUUAUCGCCGAGGAUACUAUCAACGUCCGCAUCCUGUCCAUCCGGGAGUGCAAGCAUUUGAAUGAGCGCAAGCUUCAGCAGGUGUUGCGCUACGCCGUUCGACCAGGCAGGCCUGCAGGUACACCCACCACCAAGGGCAUCUACUUCUUUGGCCAGCGUGAGACUAUCCAAGCACAACAAAAGCAGAAGCCUACAAACAAAAAGUCUCGGUCGCCUUCGCCUAAAGGUGUCAUGUCGUCGCAAGGAGCUCAAAUCGGCGCAGAAUGGAACCACAAAUCCUCAGAAGCACUCAGCGCCGCUUUGACGCCAUCCUCGGACAGAUGGUACCAAUGCUCUGGGCGAAUGAUGGCAAAGCGAGCGUCCCUCGAGUGGGCAGAAACCUUGAAAGCCUGUGAGGGUAUCAUCGCCUUUGACGCAGUCCUUUGCAGAGGUCCCCGUCACGAUCCGGCCAGAGCUUUCGUCAGCAACAGUGACAGCGAGUCGUCAGGACUACCACACCCUGCUUCGUAUCUGAGCCCCGCCGUCGCGACGGUUGCCCUGGGAUCAAAGGGCUGCGAGACCUGCCAUUCAUGUCCGGAGAAACCAGCCGUAUUCGGGCAAUCGCCAAGCUCUGAGCUUCCAUUGCUGAGUCCUAUCCCACUUCACUCCAGCUCUCUGCGAGCAGCCCAAAUACCACACACAGUCGACGGCUCCAAACCACCUCCUCUUUUUGUGCGCUGUGAAGAUUGUCUGAAGGGCCGUUGGUGUGAGCGCUGUCACAAAUGGUGGGAUGAGGACUGUUACACCGUCUCUGCCGUUGCACAGCGCACCGAGCUGCAGCAGACCGAAUUUAUGGAGAACGCCGCAACCGACGGGACCGCGCACAUGCUUCCCAAGCAAUCCAUCAAGCUCCACAGCUGGCUUGCGGGAGCUCGACUCACCUCAGCAUCUAACACCACCAUUGGAAACCAGACCUGGCGCGUCGAGGUGCUAACAAAUGGCUUGCAGAUCAUCGGCGUCAGGAGAGACUGCUUCGGCUGUGGCCAUACUUGCAUUACUUGUAAGGAGCUAUUCAUCCGCGAAUGUACCAUCUGCCAUAGCGAGUAUUGUAUAGAAGACAACGACGCGUCUUCAGCCACUAAGUGCGACUGGUGCAACUACACAUCGAGAAGGACGGUCGAGAUGUACUAG